GUUCAGGACCUUCUUUCUUACGUCAGUUUUCGACAAGGAUGGCACAAAUUGGGUCAAGGAAGACAACAGCAUCAAGGCUUUCUCCAUGAAAGCGUUUGACGUGCGCGGGGACGGCACCGAGCUUCGCAUGCUGACUGCGGAACAGUUCCUCAGUAGAACGAACGGCUACCGCAUCACUGGCUGCCUUCCUGUCGUUGAAAGUUCCUUGCAGCUCACCAAACCCUUGGUGAAAUUCAGCAGCCCGGCGGACCAACUGCCAGAUGUUGUUAAGGAGUACAGGGAAGCCUUCUCGAGGCUGCCUCUGGACCAGCAAGCCGACUGCGCUUUCGUGCCCUUUGUCACGAGCUCGAGGAAAUCACGACAGACGCCAUCCGCGCCGGUUGGGAAGAGGAAAGAGUUGGCUGCUUGUCCAGCUCCGCCUUUGCCAGCCGCGUCGCCCUCGCCCUUGCCCACGUUGAGGGGAGGUCACGAUAUCGCUCAAUGUUCUAGCGAGGCUACGGAGUACGACGACAUAAAUCUGUACGGACGCAAUGCUGCACGUGACAAUGCCCAGGAAGGUGCGACUGCCCUUACUGAGCGAAACGAAAAGGAAGAAGAUGGGGGAAACUACGGUCCACGUGAAGACGACGGUGAUGACGAGUAUAUGGACGUUGGGGAUGAGAACAUGCAGCACCAAAACAUGCUUGGCGAUGACGACGUUGGUGUCACGUCGGAGCAUGGCCCUGGCGACAUCCCCACCGGUUCUAUGGGAGCGACUGUUGGUCCGACCUUGUCAUCCCCUGCGAUAUGGCAUUCGCAAGGCGGGAGUCAGGGUGGGCAUGACUUGCAGGAGCACGUAGGAUCAAAGUCGAGGAAAAGGACAAGAGAAACUUCUCCUUCUACUUCCGCUCACAAGAGACAAGCGAGGACUGAUGCUGUUAAUGAGGCUCAUGGAGCUCUGGUGGCAUCCCAGGAGGCGAGACCUCCUCGGAAGAGAAGCCAGGGGGGAAGAUCUGGCGGUCGUGGCGGCGGCCGUGGUGGCGCAAGAAAAGGUCAGCAGAUAGUGCGGGCAGAAGAACUGCGGGACUCAGGGGAUGAGGGCGAGGGAGUGGGCCCUCACAUGCCCGACGAUGGUGAUGAACCGCUUCAGCACGCUGCGCCCAUCGACACGACGCGUUGUUUCUUCCUCGAGUAUGACGAGCGGGGUUUUGCUAAGCAAAAAGUCCUUCCUGUUCUUGUGGACGUCAUGAAAAUCAAACGCAUUCCCUGCGGGAAUAUUCUUUUUAACCACCGCUCUUUGUCUACGAACAUUGUGCGAGGCAUCGUGAAUGCCAUUGGGAGUUCCAUCACCACGGAACCGGGAGCGUGAGAUAGGCUUGACCUCGUGCUUGCGCCGGUUGACCGCAACGACAUCGU